AUGUCUGUUUCUACCGCUUCUGCUGUUCGUACUGCUUCUACAGAGAUGUCAGUCGGGAAGAUCGCUGCUCAUAUGAAAAGCAACCCCAACGCUAAAGUAAUCUUUAUGGUAGGUGCCGGGAUAUCCACAUCUUGUGGGAUACCAGACUUUCGAUCUCCGGGAACUGGCCUGUAUCAUAACUUGGCAAGGUUGAAGUUACCGUACCCCGAAGCAGUGUUUGAUGUAGACUUUUUCCAGUCGGAUCCUUUGCCAUUUUACACGCUGGCUAAAGAGUUGUAUCCGGGGAGUUUCAAACCUUCUAAGUUUCACCAUCUUUUGAAGUUAUUUCAAGACAGAGACGUUUUGAGGAGGGUAUAUACUCAGAAUAUAGACACUUUAGAAAGACAGGCUGGUGUUAAGGAUGAUCUAAUCAUCGAGGCCCAUGGCAGUUUUGCUCACUGUCAUUGUAUCGGGUGUGGUAAAGUUUACCCACAACAGGUUUUCAAAUCCAAGUUAGCAGAGGAUCCUAUAAAGGAUUUUGUCAAGUGCGAUGUGUGCAGUGAACUGAUAAAGCCGGCAAUAGUUUUCUUCGGCGAAGAUCUACCGGAUUCCUUUUCGGAAACUUGGUUAAGCGAUUCCGAGUGGCUUCGUGAAAAAACCACAGCAUCUGGAAAGCAGCCUCAGCAGCCUCUUGUCAUUGUCGUUGGCACCUCACUAGCUGUUUAUCCCUUUGCGUCUCUGCCUGAAGAAAUUCCCCGAAAGGUAAAAAGAGUUCUUUGUAACUUAGAAACGGUGGGGGAUUUUAAAACUAACAAGAGGUCUACAGAUUUAAUAGUUAAUCAAUACUCUGAUGCGUUUGCUGAGCAACUUGUUGAAGAAUUAGGUUGGCAAGAAGAUUUCGAAAAGAUACUUACGGCUCAAGGUGCGGUGGCGGAAAACUCUAAAGAACAAUUACUUGAAAUUGUACAUGAUUUAGAGAAUUUGAGUCUGAGUCAAUCUGAAGGUGAGAAUGUGAAUAAGAAGCUACAGCAUUUCGAUGACGAUGAAAAUGAUGAAGAUGAAAUGAACAAGUUCUCCUCUUCACAAAAGGCCGGUAAGGAAUAG